AUGAACAACAAUCCUUAUAUUACCAAAGAACUAUAUAAAGGAAUAGUUACAAAAUUACUUGAAGAACCAAAAACAAACCAACAAGUAAUAAUUAAAGAAAAAACCCACACAUUAGUAGUGGGAAACGAAACAAUCUUUAACGCAUUCCAAGCAUUCUUUACCAAAAAACUAAAAAGUAAAUUAGGAUUCUCAUCGCAAGAUAUAAUAAUAAUUGAAAGGAGAAGAGACCAAUUAUAUCAAAAAUUAUUAAAUAGAGGACAACACGAACUAGUAACAAUCACUACACAAAACACAAUAACUAUAUUUGAAAAAGAUCCAUUACCAAACUCACAAUCGGGAUACGUGGAAAAAGAAAUAAAUAUUCCACAAACACAAGAAAUAAACCGAUUAAUAACUAUUUCAGAAGAAGAAAUAGCAGCACUAAUAAUAUAUAGCCUAGAAACAAACAACAAAUCAAAAUACGAAACAGCAAUAACAGCAUUAGGACGACCAAAACAAACUAUUGAAUACUUAAUACAAGUGGCAAAACUAAGAUAA